CUGCUCACCCGCCCAAGCUCUCCCUGGCUUUACUUGCCAAACACCGACUGAGGAAUCAUUUUUCUGGAGAUUCUUGUGAUGCAUUGCCCUAGGGCCUUCUCCGCCAUGAUGCAAGAUGAUGUUACCGCCGUAAAUGGCGUAAAUAUGGAGAAAUGGAUCGCUUUUCCCAUAGAACGAUAUAUGUCGACAUUCGCCGCCGCUCCUUUGACUGAGCCCUUUUGCUUUGCAUAGUCCAUCUUUCUUUGAAAUUAACAAUAUUAAGGAAGGUUUCAUAUCUCUUAGCUAACGAAAAUGGCUCCAUCAGCGCUUCAUCAGAACCAUAUUUUGACCGACAGCAACGAGAAGCAGGAGUGUGAAACUACAGAUAAAACGGCUCUUCAAGCUAUCUCAAAAGGAGUCUGCCUACCAGGGAUUCCCAUCUUCAAUGACUUCGAAAAGCAGCGACACUGGAUGCUGGAGCAUAUGGCUCUAGCCUUUCAGGUCUUCGCUCGGAAAGGGUUCACUGAAGGCAUGUCGGGUCACAUCUCCGUCCGCGACCCUGAAAACCCACAUACAUUUUGGACCAAUCCAUUGGGAAAGUUUUUCGGUCUACUCCAACCAUCCGACAUGAUCUUGGUUGACUACAGCGGCUCACCCAUCGGCGGCAAUACUAGCUUGCCUGCCAAUGCAGCUGGAUUCCAAAUCCAUUCUGCGGUACACAAAGCACGACCCGACGUGAUCGCAGCAUGCCACACGCAUUCCAAAGCGGGCAAGGCAUGGAGCACAUUCUCCCGCCGUUUGGAGAUGUUAAAUCAAGACGUCACCCAUUUCUACGGGGAUGCGCAGGCUGUCUACUCCGAAUUUGGUGGGGUAGUAUUCGAUGAAGCUGAGGCACAACGGUUGGCAACGGCCUUGGGUCAGAAGGGGAAGGGUAUGAUACUGAGGAACCAUGGGCUAUUUACUGUUGGGAAGACGGUCGAUGAAGCGGCUUACUUGUUUAUGCUCAUGGAGAAGAGCUGUGAGGUACAACUUCUAGUAGAGGCCGCGGCUGCGAAUGGCAUUACUAAGGUGUACGUCGAUGAUGAGGUGGCAGAGUAUACACACCGCAUGACUAGCGACUCGGAGACACUUUAUUGCGAGUUUCAACCAGAUCUGCAGUGGGAACUGGAGUGUUCAGUUGGGAACCGCGAGAGACGGUUGAGAGGUAAAGUCGACACUUAGAGAUAAAUUCCUGUCGAGCGACGCUCAGCAAGUGUUCUUACAUUAUUAUCUAUCGAACCAAUUUGAUCCCAAUAAAUCUAAAUAUCCAUCAAGUCAAG